CUGCGGCUGCACGACAACCCGGUGCUGCAGGAGGCCCUCGACGGAGCGGACGGCGCGCGCUGCGUUUACAUCCUGGACCCGUGGUUCGCCGGAGCCGCUAACGUGGGGAUCAACCGAUGGAGGCGGUGAGCUGUAUUAUGAGUGCCGCAGGAAACGAGAUGAGCAGCAGCAUCAUCAUCUCGCCACGGUUCUGUUGACACCACAAGAAGCCAACGCCAUAUUCGUUGAGUUUCACGGCCGUGACAUUGGAGCUCACUGUGGGGUCGACGCGACUAUGGACGCAAUCCGUCAACGAUGCUACUGGCCUGAAGACCAACGUCCAUAUUUCUUGGGAGCUUGUGGUGACGGAGCCAUUUGAAUUAGUUGGGAUGGACUUUGUGGGAAAGCUCGGGAUCCGGAUGUCUUCUAUAAAUAUGGGGCCCCAAAGCGACCGACCGUGGAUGAAUAUGGAGUCCACAAACCAAUGGCUUGGUUCAAAAGCUCAAUGGCACAAUUCAAUGAGUUUUGAAAAAAAAUGGUCCAGGAUCAUCCAAGUGACUGGGACCAAUACGUUAAGUCCACCGUGUUUGGCCUAAGAAACAGCUGACUACAAAGUACUCCCCAUAUUUCCUUAUGGAUGGGAGGGAAGCUCGGUAUCCUUCCCAAAUACCUGUCGAGUGGCAGUGUAAAAUGCAUCGCAGGACCAUAUCGAUGCUCUCACCCAAAAUGAAGUUUGCAGCCACAUCACCGAGCAGAAGGAUGUGUAGGCUACGGUGGCUGCAAACCUGGCAAAAGGCCACGAACGGGUGCGCAGAAGAAAGUUUGCAAAGGGGGAUGAUGACGGCUUUGUUUUGGGGGACCAAGUAUUGCGGAAAAACAUUAUGGAAGAGCAAAGAAAAUGGAGGCAGACAUGAUGGGUGCAUACACCAUCACGGACGUUGAUGGAAAAAGUUCUGACCUUACAAGUGGGAAAGGAAAUCGGGAAAAUUAACAAUCGACCAUCUUAAAAAAAUAUGCAGACGGUCAAAUUCCUGGCAAAAUGGAUGGCAGCUACUUCUACGUCUCCUCCACCUCUGCAGUCCGGCACGUUGAGUUGUUCCCCAAUCGCCUCCUGCUGACAAGCCAACAACUCUCCAAACCGUCUCCUUGACCUCCACUCUGCACACUGCCCAGAGGAACGAACACGUUCCUGCUGGAGGCCUUGGAAGACCUGGACAGCAGUCUGAAGAAGCUCAAGUCCAGAUUGUUUGUAAUCAGAGGGCAGCCGACAGAUGUUUUCCCAAGGCUCUUUAAGGAGUGGGAAGUGACCAGACUGACAUUUGAAUAUGACCCAGAGCCUUAUGGGAAAGAGAGGGAUGGGGCCAUCAUCAAGAUGGCCCAAGAGUUUGGAGUGGAGACCAUUGUCAGAAAUGCACACACCCUCUACGACCUGGAUAGGAUAAUAGAGGCAAACAACAACAGUCCUCCUCUGACCUUUAAGCGGUUCCAGGCCAUUGUGAGCAGACUGGAGUUACCCAGGAGACCUCUGCCUCCGAUCAGCCAGCAGCAGAUGGACAGAUGUCGCACUAAUAUAGCUGACAACCACAACCAGCAAUACAGUAUACCUUCACUGGAAGAACUCGGAUUCAGGACUGAAGGUUUGCCUCCAGCUGUGUGGCACGGAGGAGAGUCGGAGGCCUUGGACCGACUCAACAAACAUCUGGACAAAAAGGUGUGGGUGGCCAACUUUGAGCCCCCUCGUGUCAACACGUGUUCUCUGUAUGCGAGUCCGACUGGCCUCAGCCCCUACCUGCGCUUUGGCUGUCUGUCCUGUCGGGUUUUGUACUACAACCUCAGAGAGCUGUACAUGAAGCUGCGUAAGCGCUGCAGUCCUCCUCUCUCCCUGUUCGGCCAGCUGCUGUGGAGAGAGUUCUUCUACACAGCGGCUACAAACAACCCAAACUUUGACCGCAUGGAGGCGAACCCCAUCUGUGUGCAGAUCCCAUGGGACCAGAACCCAGAGGCACUGGCCAAGUGGGCCGAGGGUCGCACUGGCUUUCCCUGGAUCGACGCCAUCAUGACUCAGCUCAGACAGGAGGGCUGGAUCCACCACCUGGCCCGGCACGCCGUGGCUUGUUUCCUCACCAGGGGAGACCUGUGGAUCAGCUGGGAGAGCGGCAUGAAGGUGUUUGAGGAGCUGCUGCUGGAUGCCGACUGGAGCGUGAAUGCUGGGAGCUGGAUGUGGCUGUCCUGCAGCGCCUUCUUCCAGCAGUUCUUCCACUGCUACUGUCCGGUGGGCUUUGGAAGGAGAACGGACCCCUCAGGAGACUACAUCCGGCGUUACAUCCCCAUGCUGAAGGACUAUCCCGACCGGUACAUCUAUGAGCCGUGGAAUGCCCCGCAGUCGGUCCAGAAGGCAGCAAACUGUGUGGUGGGAGUGGAUUACCCAAAACCCAUGAUCAACCACGCAGAGGGCAGCCGGCUCAACAUCGAGAGAAUGAAACAAGUUUACCAACAGCUGUCCCACUAUCGAGGACUCAGUCUCCUAGCAUCUGUACCAACGAUCCAAGAGGAGGCGGAGCCACCGAUGACCGAUGAGUCACUGAGCGGCAGUGGCCCUGACUCUGCUGAUUAUGAAGCAGCUGGCUGCUCCACAGCUCCAGAGUUGUCCACAGUCUACCCAUCCUCCACCUUUGCCCCAUACCCAGACCUGGAGGGUGCAGCAAACAUCCGCCCAUCCCAGACCCUCAGUGGCUCCUCCGGCUCGCGCACACAGUCCUGUAUAGCUGCCGCCGUGUCUACAGGGGCUCAUGUCCCAUGUCCCAACGUGUCCCCGUCCACUCAGCCCUCCUGUCGGGGGCAGAGGAGGAAAGGCCUCACUCGUAAGGUGCGGCGCAACCAGAGGCAGCGAGGACGCAAGGAGGAAGUAAGGGGAGCAAAGGAAGCAGGAAGGGAGGAGAGGAUGGAGGAGGACGUUGAACCACAUGAGGAGACAAUGGAGGAAGGUACUUUUGAAGACGUCAGCAGACAUCAGCAGUGAUUGGGAGGUGGAGAUCAAAAGGAGAAUCUUUAAACAUCUCUCUCGGAUAACUGGACUCAUGAAGACAAAACAGUCUUUCAAAAGGCAUUCAUAUAUAAUAUAUAUUAUAUAACAGAGGGCGCCCCCCCCCCCCACCCUGAAAAAGUAUGGAAUUAAUUAAUUAAUUAUUUUCAAAUGCCCCAAGGGGAAACACUGUAUACAGCAUCUAGGUUCUUAAUGAGAGCGCAGGCGCCGUGCGUGGGCUUAUUUCCCUUCCUUGUGCAAAUUUUAGGCCAGGGGAGGAUCACUGGAAUAUAUAUAUAUAUAUAUAAUUUAUCAGAGGUUGUAUAUAGAAUAUGUAAAUACGUAACCUGUCUGCUUUGCUAAUGCUUUGAUAAAGGGGUUUUCACAAA